AUGGGUCCAUCUCUCUUCAACAACUACUUCAACGGACCAACCGUCGCUCUACCUCCGCCAUCUCAGCUUCACCAGGCUAAUCAGCUCGCAUCUACCGACUCGAUGAACCAUUCGUUUGCCCAUUCCGGCGCUUCCCGCUUUCCCCAUCAUGCUUCUGUCCAUGCAGACGGCAUCCAGUCUGGACCUCCCAAGUCCUUCACAGGCCGCCAGGUAUCUUUCAAUACUGCUCCAUAUACUGCUGCACCAUCACGCAAACGAUCAAGAGACGAAUUCGACCUAGGCAACAAUGACAACCACACUGGCUUUUCUGUUAUCCAAAAGGUGCCAACUCCACCAACCGUUCCUGAAGAAGAGCCCAUCUACGGCGAAGGAAUGGUCCUCAUCAACCCCAAAAAUGGAUUGGCAGUCUCAGCAUCCAGCCAGACAGGAACCUGGUAUGAGGAAAAAGCAGAGGAGAAAGCAGUCAGCAGCCGGAUCUCCGCUCCCGUCACCACAAAAGUCAACCAUGACCAUACCAACUCUCUGCCUAGCCGGAAGACACAACGACUCGACGCCACCGCCUCCGCAUACGACGACAUAACCGCCUUGUCAAUUUCCAACAAACUCCAGUCUAAUACCAAUGAUGUUUGCGGAUCCGGAUCUUCCCUCAAGGGGCCUGAAAUGCCACAUGUUGAUGAUGCCACUCGCCUGCUCGGUAUCAGCUGGCAACGCAUGGCGAACGACGACAAGGAUAUGGUUGCUGCCAUUCGUGGAUGGGAGAAAUACAUCAACAACCACUUCUCUACACACCUACACGAUGCACAGAUUAUGCUCAAGCAUCGUGGCCUGAAUGUCUACCUCGUCUCUGCCCUUCCAAAAGACCAACAGCAGAAUGACAAUGCCUCACAACGACACUUCUAUCUUUUCGACGACAAUCUCACCGAAGGCCAGCUGGUCGGCAGGGACUGGCAGUCCUCUAUUCGAAAUCUUCAGUCUUCUCCCAUUGCCUUCGAAGCUGGCUCAGUAGUACUAAAGGCAGCUGAAAAGUUGCCCGAGCGGCAAGUGGAAGACAAGGGAGUUCCGAUUGCUGCCGGAGGCAUGAACGGAUGUAUGAUGGGAAUCGCGGGAGCCUCAACCGGAACGGACAUCCAGAUGGAAAUCGACUAG